GACUGCCCAGUUAUUCAUUGCUAGGGAGGAUUCAAACAGCAGUGAGAGAGAUGGCUGAAGAGUCAAUACUUUCAUACCUCCAGGACUUCAUUCCUGACUCCUUCAGCCAGAGGAGCAAAAUCCUGGCUGGCCGAUUCCUGAAGCUGGUGUUCGGAGUCCGGAAUGACACCUGCAAGCUGCUCCAGGACAUCGAUGGCAAAGAGUUCAAAGUGGACCGCUGGGAACGGGCAGAGGGAGGAGGAGGGAUAGCCUCCUGUCUUUAUGAGGGCAACAAGUUCCUGAAUGCGAAUGUGGAUUUGAGUGUGUUGCACGGACACAUCCCCUCUCAGGCCGUUGACCAGCUGCGUGAGGCUGGGAGGAUGUCCACAGCCUGGCAAAACGAGGAUCCUGAGUUCCUCGUCAUUGCCGUGAGCUGUAUUAUUCACACCCGGAAUCCUCAUGUCCCCUCAUACAACUUCAACCAACGGCUCUUUGUCAUAAGAGUCAGUGAUGGUUCAGAAGAGGGCUGGUUUGGGGGACACAUGGAUUUGUCCCCAUCAUACUUGGUCAAGGAGGAUGUGAUGAAUUUUCACAAGACCCUGAAAGCUGCCUGUGAUGAGCACGAUCUCAGUUAUUACCCCCACUUCAAGAAGCGGUGUGAUGAGUACUUCUUCAUCAGGCACAGAGGGGAGGCUCGUGGUGUUGGGGGGAUUUUUUUCGACAACUUGAACUUCCGGGACGAGAAGCACUUUGACUUCAUGCAGUCGUGUGCCAGAGCCAUCCUGCCUGCCUACCAGCCCAUAGUGAAAGCACACCUGGAUGAGCCCCACUCUGAGCAGGAGGACACCUGGCAGCUGCUGCACUACGGCAGAUACAUUGAAUUUAAUCUUAUGUAUGACAAUGGCACGAAGUUUGGGCUUUUCAUAUCAGGAUUCAGAAUUGACACCCUCUUUGCCUCAUUGCCCAUCACAGCCAAGUGGGGCUACAUGCUGGAGCCUGAGCCGGGCAGUAAGGAGGCUGAGCUGGUGGAUGUCCUGCGCCGACCCAGGGACUGGGUCUAGACCUCUGCUGUGUCACCCCACCCAUCACCACUCAGGCAGACUGUGGGGAAACGCAAAAUGUGUGUCCGAAAUUACGCAAUACCAUAGGUUAACUUACUGUAGUUGCAUUUGUUAAAAGUCUUUCUGUCCCAAAAUAAAUUCUUUUUACUUUGGAGAAGUAUUUUGAAAUACUGUGUGACCUGUGUCAUGGUCUGGAUGUGCUGAAGUCAGUGUUCCUGAACUGGAAAGGAAAAUGUUAAAGAUUGUUUAAGUGCCUAUGGCCUACAAAUGGUUGCGGCUUUCGUUGCUACCUUCUAAAUACAGAAUUGUAAAUGUGUACUUUGGAACAUGGUUCUUAUAAACCAUUUAAAUAAACUGUUCUCACUUUUCAAUUGA